AUGACAGACUCCCCACCAGAUCUUGACGCGCUGCGAAAGCAACAUGGACCACUUCUUGAUGACAGCGUCGUCUAUGCUCUGGCUUCGGACUAUGACUUGACGAAAUCAGACGAGGAGUUGGCAUUUAUUCAGCUUUUGGAGGAGUUGAACAAUGGUGCUGCCAUCCACGAGGCGGCAAACGACGAAUCGUCUACAGCAGAUCAUUCAACGACCGAUCAUGACUCGAGAACGACGCCGGAGACCGACCUGAGUCGCCGCAACAUCGCUAGUGCGACGUCUGAGUUCAGCAACCUCAAUCUGAGCACGUCUGGUGAUUCUCUCGACGAAGAUCUUGAGCAUCUGUCUGAAGCUGACAAGCGAAAGUAUCUCAAUGAUCUGUUUCCUGGCACAGGGAAGGACCAGAUCAAUCAGGUUCUGUCAGCGAAUGGAUCACUACGAGGCGCAAUCGACGAGCUUCUCAAUGUCGCGUUCAUCAGCGCGUACAACCAUGACUCGGAGGACGCUCGGCCCGCCAACCAAGGCAUAGAGGCGUUUGCCGAAGAGCUGAGAUCAGAACGUGGCAGGAAGCAGAAAAGAAGGAAGAACCGGACCACGGACGCUUCCAGGACCAAUUCAGCCAGCUCAUUGCGAACGCACACCCCAGCAAACAGCAACGCCUGGAGCAAUGAUGAAGUCAACUUCAUCUGCUCCCGGACAACCUUGAGGGCCCAAGUCGUCAGCUCGGUGUACCACUCUAAAGGCGCCAACCUGUCCCGGACCAUCCAAGAACUCGCGACACGCGAGAAGACCAAAUUGCCCACCUUCGCCGAAGCAGAUGCCCUUGUCCAGGCGCAAGUCGAGGCCCUGACAGAAGACUUCCCGAAUGUCUCCCUGUCCACGAUUCAAGCCCUUCUCCAUCUCGCCCAGAACAUUCCAUCAGCGACCGGUGAGCUCCUCGAAGCCAUGCUGGCACGACACGACCACGUCGACGACCCUGUCCCACAUGGUAAACUCAAUGGCGUAGUGCAAUAUACGCCACUAAAAAUCGACGAGUCCGAUCACCACUUCGUUCCCUCACCUACCUCGACCACUGCCAGCAGCAGCAUCAACCCCUAUGCGAACCACUCCCACGCUGCCUCCCAAGCCUUCAGCUCCGCCUCUGCCGCCUACCGUCGCGGCAAGUCGGAUCGAUUGAUGGGCGGCGCUGCCGCGUACUACGCUGGGCUAGGCCACGAACACGUCCGUCGCGCAAGAGCUGAGACCGCGGCCGCCGCCGACGCGCUCGUGACGUCUCAGUCCUCACAUAAUAUGAUCGAUCUGCACGGCGUGAGCGUUUCGGAUGCUGUGCGGAUAGCGCGGUCGGGGACCACGGCUUGGUGGGAAGGCCUGGGUGACGCAAGGUAUAUAGGUGGGAGUAGCAAUAGAGGCUCGUUUCAGAUAGUCACUGGGGUGGGGACGCACAGCCGAAACAACGCACCGCGGAUAGGGCCCGCGGUGGCGAGGUCGCUGAUGAACGAGGGCUGGAAGGUGGAAGUUGGUAGGGGAGAGAUGUAUGUCACCGGAAAGGCGCGGCGGUGA